AUGCUCGUUCCAUAUCCAAGCUGCGAAUCAUGCUUCGUUCAUGAUGGAGUAUAUAAAGCAGUGAAAGUUAUUAAGGAGAGCACAUGGGGAACUAUCAAGAGUGCUGUGGAGGAAUAUUCAGACUACGAGCUCAUUUCCACUGGUCAUUCUUUAGGAGGAGUUGAAUUAGCAAAAGAUUUUGACACCAGUGUCACAAUUGUCUCUCAUGCAGCUCUUAAAACCGGGAAUCCUCAAUCCAGUGACUAUGUUGAUAGACUUUUCUCCAGCGAAGAGUAUUUAGAUAUAGUCACCUAG